AAAUCUACGAUGAUUUCGUGGCGCAAGCAAACAAUUCGGUGAAAUUCAUUAAAUAGUAAAAGAAAUAAAAUGGGAGUGGCUAUAAGUAGAUAUUCCGACAUAUCAACCAAUGAACUCCUAGCACGCUUUUGCUCUUCAGAAAUCAUUUGUCCAAAUGACCCCUUUUGGAAUCAGUUACUGGCUUUUAAUAUACAAUUGCCAAACAAUACCGAUGAGCAGUUAAUAUUUGACUCAAGCACUGAAGCACUGCUACAGGAGUUCCUACAAAAUAAUUUGCAAACUGGUAAUCUCGGCUCACUAGUACAGGUGUUUAUUACACGUGCCACUGAACUACUUGCAGCACCUAACAGUGAUAAUGUAAUGUUAGCAUGGCAGACCUUCAACGCACUGUUCGUGAUACGAGCGGUAAGCAAGUAUCUAGUGGAGAUUGUGCCGGAGUACGAGCUGUGCCGGCACCUUGACGUGAAUGCGGCCCGCGCUCCCAACGGGCCAGUAGAUGUGAGGGACGUAAAUAGCACUCCAUCCCCUGGAUUGCCGAGUCCAGAAUCUUCCAGUUCCCCACCGACUCCAACUCCGACUUCAGCCCCUGCCGUCGCCGAAGCUCCGUCCUCGCCGAAACUCAUGGGGAGCGAAAGUAGAGUGGAGAUGCUGAUUGAUGCUCUCAUUGGAAUAAUUAUUGAUAUACCUGUUACAGACAACACAUAUUACUUACACUUAGAAUGUUUAAACACAUUACUAGUGCUAAUGUCCGUAUACAUGUUUGCUGGUGUGCACGGACAAACACGUCUAGUGGAAACCUCACUCAUAUACAGAACACUAUUCCAAGGCCGUUACGGUAUGCACGCGCCACUUCUAGUCAAAACUUUACUAAUGAAUCUUUCCAACAUGGCGCCAGCUCCACCUAGCAUGUUUGGGACGAGCUCCGGUGAAAGCCUUUUAGUUAAUCUGGCCACGGGGCUUUGGAGCAUGCUGACAUUCGGUGCGAACUCCCGUCAAACGAUUUACAGCCACCCACCUCUCGAUCGCACCGAGUUGCUGGAGCGACUAAAACGAGAACACGGCGUUGCUAACCAGUCGUGCUUGUUGCUGCUGGCUUUGGCGAACCACUGCAUGACGCAAGACAAUCUGUAUAGGAACGCGCUACUUUGUUGCGAGGACACGGCAGAGACAUCAGCAACGACUCCACAAAGGGACUCCAGUGGUACAGCACAGGUCACACCACCACGAAUAGACAUGGCAGCACUCCACAAGGCGCUGUGUGCAACAGCGGGUUGCGAACACUCCACGCUUCUUCUAUAUUUAAUGUUACAUUCCUGUAAAGCGUACAAAAGGCACGUGAGCAACGUUGCACAUGUAGAGAAUUUGAUAGUACCAAUACUACAAGUGUUAUACAACGCACCGGAUAGUAAUUCACAUCAUAUAUACAUGUCAUUGAUAGUUUUAUUGAUACUUACUGAAGACGACUCUCUCAUCAAAAACGUACACUUGAUUAUGUUGAAGAACCUAACGUGGUACACGGAGCGGUCGAUAUCGGAGAUCUCGCUGGGCGGGCUGGCGGUGCUGGUGGUGGUGCGCGCGCUGCAGUACAACCUGGCGCGCGUGCGCGACAAGUACCUGCACACCAACUGCCUGGCCGCCAUCGCCAACAUGAGCUGUGAAUUCAGAAACUUACACCCUUAUGUAGCACAGAGAUUAGUGUCCUUAUUUGAAACAUUAACAAAGAGAAGAUCAAGACUAUGCAGUGAAAUAGAAGGUGGAGAUAUUAACACUUUAGAAUUGCCACAUCACGCCGAAGAGAAAACAGAAGAAAUUAUGGACCACAUAGCAGUUUUAGACGAGGUGAUCCGCAUGUUGCUUGAGAUCAUUAAUUCUUGUCUCACGCACCAACUGCCAUCGAACCUUAACCUGGUGUACGCGUUGCUGCACAAGCGACACCUAUUCCAGCAUCAGCAGCAUCAGCACCAUCAUCAUAUCGCACAGAACAUUGAAAUGGUAAUAGGAUACUUUUCAACAAGAUUGCAGAGGGUACAAGAGGGCGCCGGUGGCGACCUCGGCGUGACAGAAGUGUUACAGUGCAUCAAAAAAGGCGCCGAACAGUGGUCAAGUGAUAGGCUAAGGAAAUUCCCAGAUUUGAAAUUCCGUUACGUUGAAGAAGAAAGGCCUGAGGAAUUCUUCACACCAUACGUGUGGGGCUUGAUAAGCAGUUGCGGUGGCGUGUACUGGGCCAGUGAAUGCGGUACAAGAGCCGUCGGCGACUUACUAGGCUGCUGAUCUACAGAAAUAUGCACAUUCUUGUGUUUUUAUUUCACAAUGGAUUCUACAUUCGAAUGUUUCAUAUAAUAGCAAUAUUUGCUCCGACAUUUUAUAAUAUAUCAUCACCUCAUUGGAUAAAGGAGUAGGUCCGUUAAUGUUAAAAAUAACCGAAUCAGUUUGAUUCAACAGUUUCAGUACAUUUUCAGAUACUGUUGUAUUCUGUUUCUAAAAAUUGAAUAAACCAAAAUAUUGUAUUAUUUUAAUUUUAUAUUUUAUAAGUCUUUAUUCACUCUAAAUUUUUUUUCUUACUUCCAUAACUUAUAUUAUGCUACACUAUACACAUAUAUAAUAUGACUUCACCUCGUAAUAUAUAUUUAAAAAGACAAUAAUGUUUUUUACUUAACUUGUCUCCCACACAUGCUAACACGGGAUAUACACCCCCAGUGCGUAGGACGACUACAGUGCGGUGAAACCGAAGGUUUAAAAAUGGACGGGUCACAUCCAGACAGAUUGUGAAUAUUUCAUGUCUACCGCUGCAUGGGUGCAAAAGGGCUUCAUUUAAUUACUUACGAAGCAACGCUAUAUUUUAUUAAGAUCAGGCUUACGUUCAGCAGUGAAAUGACGCAAGUUGGUGACAAAGUUUUGAGAAAUGACUUUCCAUUUGCUACCUCACGGGUGGUAAAAUGAUUCAGUACGUAUCUUGGUAAUACUAAAUAAACAGUGUGAAAUAGCUUAAUUAAAUUUAUACUUAACGUAAAUUUAGCAAUGUUUUAUUAUAAAUGUUAUUCACACGUCGCUAGUUUUUUUCAAGAUUCUUUAACUCAUAUCUUAUUAGGUUAUAAAACCUUCCAAUAAUUAUAAUACAUUCUUGCUGGAUUUUAACUUCGAAUAAAAAUUGCUUCAAAUGUUUAUUACUGUGCUGUUGAUUUGAAUACGAUUGUAAUAUUGUAUAGUAUAGUCACAAAACAAAUGCUAAGCAUCAAGUAAGAUAAGUUAACAGCAAACAUUUAUAUCACGUAUAUUUAAUUGUAGGUGAAAAUGUAGCUAUUAUAUAAGUAUUUAAAAAUACUUAUAUAAAUACAAAAUUUAUAUAACAUGAUUCAGUGUUGUUAUAGUUAGGCAUAAUUUUAAUUUUUACCUUUAUUCCAGAACAUCACAACCACUGUAUAUGUACAAAAAUAUUUUAUUUUAUUAUGGGUAUAACUGAUAGUGAUAAUUUAGUAGAAUCUAUCAUUUGUUUCUGAAAAUUCCUUACAUUAAGUUGAAAAAGAAUAUUUUUUUAAAUUAAGAACAGUUAAUGACAAGAUCAAACCAUGCAAAAUCAAUAUGGUGGUUUUUAAUAUUGUAAGAUUGCACUUGGCAGACUAAUUUGUUUCAUUGCACUAUUGAUAACAUGACAAAAUUGAAGUUCUAGAUCGUUUACAAUAUCACAAAUGGCGUUUAAAAAUUAUAUACGUUUUAUGUAAAUUAUCGUAAAUCAUUUAUUGCGAACAUUUUUUAACUAUCCAUCAAAUGUCUUGGUAAUUGUUUUUAAAUAAAUUAUUUAUUGAU